CAAUGUAAGAACUCUUGGCUUAAAAAUAUGCUGAAUUAUCUUAAAAUGUUUUAGAAAACGUCGAAUUUGCUUAAGCAGGUAAAAAUUAAUCUAUUAUGUAGAGGAAUUAUAUAAAGAGUUGUUAAAAAACUUGAGUGAAGAGCUUUCGAUUGAAUAAUUAAAAUAAUUAGGAAAUUAAUUGGUAUAUAAAAAGAAAUAUAAUUUUAGGUUGACUUUUAAUUAGCAAUAUAGUAGGAUGAAUUUAUUUAAAGAAAGAGAGCAAAGGAAGAAACAUUGGAUAAAGAAUAAUUAUUACAUAAGGAAUAUCCAAACUUAUAAGAUAAAUUAUUAAAAUUAAAAUAAAAUUGCCAAGAGAUAGAUUAAAGUGCAAAAAAAAUAAAUGAGACUCUUAAAAAAUUACCAGAAAUAGAAGAAGCUAAUAGAAAAUAAAUGAAAGAUAAAUUUUAUGUUGAUGUAAAAGAAGUAAAGGAUAAAAUCCAAAAAGAAGAAUGUGAUGCCUUAAAAUUUGCUGAAGAAAAUUUAAAGUAUAUGAAUUUUCAAUAUAAUAGAAUUCGUGAAGAUAUGUAAACAUUAAUUGCAUAAUAUGAAUAAAAAGAAAAGGAUUUUUGGGAAAAAGUUAAAUAGAAUGAAGAGGAAUAAAAAAAUGAUACUAAAAAAUAUAUGGAAAAAUUCGAAAAGAUGUAGGGGGAUGCUUAAAAGGCAAUGCAAGAAAAAUAAUUAAUUUAAGAUGCAUAAAAGUAAUUAAACGAUAAGAAAAUGAAAUUAUAAGUCUAUAAAGGAAAAUAAAAUGAAUUUAUUGAAACUUUCGAAAAAUCAACUAGUACAUUUUAAAGUUUGACAGUUGAAUUUGUAAAAUUAGCCUUUAAAUCUAAAGAGGAUGAAGAAAAAUAUAAUUUAAAUUAAUAAAGAGCUGAUAAAGCUAAUCUAUUAUCACUUGAAAUAGCAUAAAUAGUAUUUUUUAUCAUAAUAAUAAGAAUGUUGAUUUAAAAUAAUCAAUUGAAAAUAUCGAAAAGGAAAAAGAUAAAUUAAGGGCAGAAAUCUUAGAACUUAAUAAUCAAAAAAAACUUUAAAGUUUAAAUUAAUAACAGUAAAAAAGUAAUGGUGAAAAUUGAUUUAAAUCGGG